GCAUUUACGACCAAUUGGUAAACAACAGAUCCUGCUUUACGGCAGAGCUUAAUUUUUACGUUAGAGAGUGGCAACAGCAUUGUGUGCAUCGAAACUGCUCCUGUCUAAAGAGUGCUGCUUAGGCAAUGCGCUUUGGACUGCCUGCUACAGAAGGAUUGCUGGCUGGUGGACCUCUGAGGGCAUUCUUUGUGACUGCGUUGCUGAGCGUGUUGAUGCACGCGUUGCUGAGGACUGUGGGAUUGAGAGCGUUCUCCAUGGCGUCCGAGACCUACAUGGCGGGCACACACUCCGCCGCCUUCGUCACCUGCCCCAACGAACAGGUGGCCAAAGAUCUGGCCAGAGGGAUCGUUGAGAAGAAGCUGGCUGCUUGUGUCAACAUAGUUCCCAAAAUCACAUCUGUAUAUGAAUGGCAGGGGAAGAUCGAGGAGGAUAGUGAAGUUUUGCUGAUGAUAAAGACCAGAAGUUCUAAGGUUGCAUCUCUGGCAGAAUAUGUUAGGUCCAACCAUCCGUAUGAAGUAGCAGAGGUCAUCAGCCUACCCAUAGAGCAGGGCAACCCACCCUACCUCAAGUGGCUCGGUGACGCUGUACCAGAAUGAUGGGAAGGGAUAGAUGGAUGGACAGAGGGAGGCUGUGAGACAUUUAUUUGGAAUAAAACAUCAGCAGAAAUGUGA